CGAAUACGCGUGAAACCGACCACUCACUCACUUGAAUAUUGAUCAUAUGUCAUUUAAUUUCCUACCCCGUCUGGUUCCAAUUAAUUUUCCAAAUUCCCCACAAAAUACUAUCAUUCCCAGUUCAAAAGUCGUCCUCCUCCUACAUAAGUCGGCAAAAAACAGGAGAGGAAAAAGUGAAAAUCAAAACAAAAUAAUUCAAUUGCAAGUCAUACUUAAUAUUUAAUUGUGAUUACAACACAUUCUAAAGUUCUGCAAUAAUAAAUAACAAUAAUUAUUGAGCAAGUAACUAAUAAUUUCUACUUUUCCAUUUGACAGGAAAAAUUGGUUGUGAACUCGAAUUAAUUAACUUUGCAAAUUAAUUAACGCGGCGACGGAAAAGUUAAUCUUUGCGUUACAAAAUGACUUGAAGACGUUGAGUUUGGAGACGAAGAAGAAGCACGGAUUCGUCAAGGCGAGGAGGCCAUCGCCAAGAUUCGUGCGGCACAAAAUUCCCCCAAUUACCAACCAGACCCUCUACCCCGUCAUUCAAGGGUGUGACACAAAGGACCCCAAAAUCGUCAAGCUCUGUGUACGAGACGGCCGUGUCCCUCCUAUGGAAGUGGGGAUGGAGGAGAUCUAAAGCUGCUCCAAACCGUCACCCUCCUCCUCACCACCAACGACACGGUCAAGGGCGACCUCCUCGCAAAAAAACUUCCUGCUUCAGACUCCACUGCUCCAAAGACGUUACCACGUCACACUCCGCCGGCACCACCGUCCGACAACUCGUCUCCCUCAUGUUUGAAAGGAUCGACAAGGACAAAGUCGUCACGGAAGAAUUAUCGCCUGAAGGGAGUGACGCCUACUUAUGUUUCAAGACCUUAUCCUCCUCGUCAACAAAGAGCAGCCAACAUGGUUGGUUGGUAUUUCACAAAUGUUCCAAACUUUUGGACUCCAACUGCUCGAAACCGUCUUGGCCAGAUUCCCAUUCGUGUUUGAAAAGUAUGACCAGUUCAGCCUCCUCCUAAAGGAACUCGUUUGCGCCACGGUUAUCAAGUUAUUUUCGCCGAAUGCCAAAUUCAAGGCGAACCAUCAGUCUCACCAUUACCAUCAAGGCGGCGGCGGUGGUGGUGGCGGUGGGGGCGAAGGAAGGGUGAAUUUUGGAAGUGACGGGGGGAGUUUUUCAAAGUUUUCUAAAGGCUUGGGAAACUUAAGAUUUCCUCUUAAACAGUCAAAAUCUGGAGUGUACAUUUUUUAAAUUGGCAACUCUCUGUUCUACAAAUUAUCGGUCCAGAAUUUUAAAAUAAAUUCCCAGAGGAUGGAGCUCACUGAUAAGCAAGAACCCCCCGCUUUUGCCACCUGUGAGUCCUACGGAGUCGCAAUUUCCUUCGCCUGCCUCUCCGACUUUGUCCUCAGUUUGGUCCAAAUUGAGCGAGACGUGGAAGAAGUACAGGUCGAAAAUGCCGCAGUUUUGAAACAGUUGCUCACCUCAAGUUGGCCCGGACUUCUGGCCGCGCUCAAUCUUUUAUUGGAUGCUAGGUUUACAAAAGAAAUAAUUCACAAUUCACGCAGCGUUGACGACGGGAUGACGGAGUCGAUUUGCGAGCGUUUAGUUGACCUGGCGACGCUGAGCGGGAAGGCGGGGCUGCAGCAGUGUCGCGAGUCCACCGUCUUAUCUCUCUGCGUCGCCACACUACCGCCCCACUACGGUUACGCCGUCCUCAAGGGAACCAUCGGUCAUGGCGAAUCCGCGCAUCCCAUCAGCUACUCGGAAAUGGAUAAUGGCAAACAACAAGUCGUCGUCGUGGGGACCAGUGUCGUCCCCUCGCUUUACCACCCACUCUGCAGUCCACGCCGGUCAUGUUGACGAAGAAGAACUUGCUGGUGACGCAUUCCGUGUUGCGGUUGUGCCUGGAGUCAGGUCCCAUCCUGCUGAUCUCGUACCUGACGGUGCUGACCACGCUGCAGCACUUCUGCUGGGUGUGCGGCAUCGUCGCCAAGCCCUCCGCCGACUUCAUCUCCAACCAGGUCGCGCGCCUCGGCAUCGACUCGAAGCAAACAAGCGCUCACUCGCCAGCAGUGUCAACAGUAUUACCAAAUCCUCGGGAGAAUCGGGGUGAGAAAUAAGUGGAUUCCAUUUCAAAUCUGGAUUUUAUGCCAAAAAUUGAGUUUUUUACUUUUUUUAAAUGCCCGAUUUCAUUCACAAAAUUCCAAAAUGAGAUUUGUUAUAAGAUGCCGGAUUGUUUUAGAGAAAAUAGCCACCUAAAAACUGAAUCCUUUUUAUCUUUCUUGUGACUAAAAUCGA